AUGACGACGAUCUCCAAUCUUCCAAGGGAUUUGAUGGAGGAGAUUAUUAAUAGGCUUCCCAUGAAAUCUCUGAAAGCUGUGAGAAUAACUUGCAAAAGUUGGAACAAUCUAUCCCAAUGUGAGAGCUUUAAGAAUAUGCACAUUGGUAAAUCAACAAGAAAAGGGGAGUCAAUGAUGAUCGUGGUGCAGCGUCACAGUAUUUAUUUAAUUAGCGGCGUGGUUGACGUUGAUCCAUGUAUAGAGCUUAAAGGUAAACUUAGUUUCCUUAACAAGCAAGUUAGUAUUUCCGGAAUUGACCAUUAUGAGGGUUUAUUGUUAUGCUUCUUGAAAGACGUUACUAGGAUUGUGGUUUGGAAUCCGUAUUUGGGGCAAACAAGGUGGAUCAAACUUAGAUAUUCUCACCUUCUACAAGGAUAUUUCAACUAUACUCUCGGAUACGAGGAUAAGGAAUCUUGUCGUAGCCUUAAAUUGUUGAGGUUUGUAGAUUAUGAUCACAGAACGCCCCAAGAGCAAUUUUUUUGGUAUGAAAUGUACGAUUUUGAUACUGGUUUAUGGACAACUCUUGACGUCGCGCAAUACUGGAGAAUACAUUGUUCACACCGUAGCGUUUCUCUUAAGGGAAACAGUUACUGGUGUGCUAAAGAAAGGAGCUCAGAAGGUUGUACGGAUCACAUAAUCUGUUUUGAUUUUACAAGAGAGAGAUUUGGGCCGCUUCUGCCUCUGCCAUCUUGCGUUAAGGAUCACAAAUAUGUAUGUGUGACUUUAUCUUGUGUUAAAGAAGAGAAGAUUGCAGCUAUAAUUCAGCACCAAAAUUAUUCAUAUGAUUCUGUGUCUGAGAUAUGGAUUACAACUAAGAUCGAGGCCGAAAUGGUGUCGUGGAGCAAGUUCUUGAGAAUUAAUACGGAUCUUAAGAUACAUUUUCCAGCUUAUUACUUCAUUGACGAGGAGAAGAAAGUCUUCAUGUGUCUUGGUAGAAGGUAUAAAUCUAUUGACAUAUAUCCCACAACAUAUAUUGACAUCAUUGGAGAGGCUGGAUACUUAAACAAUUUGGUUCUCGGAGUACCUGCAGAACAAAACCGUUGGGAAAGUAUGUGCUCUUAUGUUCCAAGUUUGGUCCAAAUCAAGAAACUUGCACGAGGCAAAAGGAUAGAACAAAGUAUUUUAGAAAAGCGUCGAUUUGAUCAAAACAUGUUGAGACUUGCUGAAAUAGAAAAGCUAAUGAAGAAGCAAAUUAGAUAUUAUUAGGAGGAGGCACAAAAGGAGAGGGGAAAUCAAGAGG